UCAAGUGCGAACCUCAAGUGCGCGCACUGCAAAUGCGUCCAAUCUUCAAGGGAUAAAGAGCAGGAACCGAACCGACGCCAGAGGAGAGACGCGGAAGAGAGCAUUAGCCGCAUGAACAACGUCGACGUCUGCUGCAUGAUGGACGUGGGCGACAAGCACAUGAGCUCCAUGUGUCGGGUCAAGGAGCUGCCCGAAGCCGCGUCGCCCGAGGCCAAGCUGCCCGCCCUUGACCGCACGUCCCAUGGGUCGUCGAGCGAAACGGACGACCGCCGGUCCGAAGCCGACCGCAACACGUUCGCGAUGAACCUCCCGGGCGCGUCCAUGUCUGGCAUUGCGGUCCAGUACCUCUACGCCCGCUACGUGCGUGCGGUUGACGCGGCCAACGCGGCCAAGUUCCGCCUCUUCCAGCGCCCCAAGGACGCGACGCGUCGGCCAUUGGACCUCGUCAGCUUUACGCUGCUGUUUCCACGCCUUCAAGCGCUGCCACACGCCACCGUCACGAGCUGCUAUCGGCUCUUCCGGCCCUACGACGCGGUCACAUGCAUCCAAGUGCUCCAGUUCCUCGACCUUGACCCGCAUCGUUUUGUCUUUGACUGGUUCACAGCCAGCAUGUCGUUUCCGGGCGGGAAGCUCAAGAAGAAGAACGUCAUGUACCGCAAGGAGCUGCAUCUCUUGCUCGAGACCGCGCAUGUGCUCUCGGGCGUCCGCGACGUCGGCGCCGAGUCUUUUCCCGAGAUGCUCACGCGCGACCAGUUUGCUGCGGCGCUGCCGCCGAGCCUCGUCAAGCGCUUGCUGGCGCCGUUCGCCGUGUUCUCACAACCCGACGGCAACGACAGGCCAAGUGACGCGCCGUCGUCAUCCUUGCAGUUUGCGGUCGCGAUCGAGUGGUGGCAGUCGUGGCGGGCGUACGCCGACCCGAGCGACAGCGACAACAACAACAAUGAGCACGAGAGCGACGGGCCUUGCCCGCCCUCGAUCUACAACCAAGCGCUGGCCGACGCCAUGCAGACGUCCGACACGCUUCUCGACGGCGUUGAUUACGUCACCGUGUCGCCAAAGACGUGGCACGCGCUCCAGUCGCGGUUCGGUGGCGGCCCCGCGCUGCCGUGCUACAACGGCGUGUACCGCCUCGUGACGCUCGCGAUCGCUCUCUCCGAGCGCGACGGGCGGCCGAGUCCGCAGUCGCGGUCGCUCCAGGUGCCCCCAAGUGCGCGCCUUGUCGACCUCAAGGACGUCGCCGUCGCGCUGCAUGACGUCAAUAUGGAAGCCCGUUUGUGGUGUCGUGACGCCGACGGCCACUGGGUUCUCGUCGCCUCCGAUCUCACCGCUGCCGACGUGACAUCGUCCGAACUCCUUCUUGAGACCCGACCUUCGAACGCGACCGAGUGGCCGCGCAUUCUGCUUCGCACGCCGCGCGACUUUCGCCCGCUGCGCAUCGGUGACGCUGUCGACGCGUUCGACUGCGAACAGGUGUGGCGGCCGGGCGUCGUGCACCGCGUGAGCACCGACGGCACGCGUGUGCUUGUCUCGUUCGUAGGCUUCCACGCCAUGUACAACGAGUGGAUCCACCACGACUCGGGCAAGCUCCAGCCGCGCCACAGCCGCGCCGACAGCGACCGCGGUCUCUGGCCGUCGCCGAUCCCGCGUCUCAACCCCGGCUACGCUGGGGCCGUCGGGCUGCUCAACUUGGGCAACACGUGUUUCCUCAACUGUGCGCUGCAGUGUCUAGCGGCCACACCCAUCUUGCGGUCGUACUUGCUCUCGACGCAGUACGCAGGUCACAUCAACAAGACCAACCCGCUCGGCACCAAAGGCAAAGUCGUGUCGGCGGUUGCCAACGUCGUCGCGUCGCUUUGGGCGCCGACGGGCACGAUCGCAACGACGACCGUGUCACCGUCGGCCCUUCGCAAGCUCGUGGCCAAAGCGCGGCCGCAGUUUGACAGCUAUGACCAGCAAGAUGCGCACGAGUACAUGGCGGCCCUCCUCGAUGCGAUACAUGAAGACGUCAAGCGUAGCGCGGGCUUUCUCGAGCCGACGGCCGACGACGACGCUGCGUGGCGUGCCCACGUGGCCGGGAACCACUCGAUCGUCACCGAUGUCUUCCACGGUCUCCUCCAGAGCCAGACAGUCUGCGACGCGUGCGACCACCGGUCGAUCUCGCACGACCCGUUCCUGUGCUUUAGCCUCUCGAUCCCCGUCGUCCUUCGGUGCGCGCUCCGUAUCCUCGUGUUUCGACAAGACGCAUCGCCCAAGGUCUGCGACGUGGCGCUGCCGUCGAACGAAGGCGCGCUGCGGACGGUCUUGGACGACUUGGGGUGUCAACUGCAGACGUCGCCCUCCGUCUUGCGCCUCGUGCACGUGCAGAACCACCGGUUCGUGCGGGUGCUGAGCCCGGACACGCUCGUGUGCGACAUCGAAGGCGCGACAAUCUACUGCUUUGAGCGCCUCACGCGGCUUCCGACACGGCUUGGCAUGCCCGUCGCUGUGGUAUCGGACCCGCGCCUGCGUCCCGAGACGGGUGUCCUCGCGGGCAGCGACGCCGACACGUUGACCGUCGCGUUCGCCAGUGGCAUCAAGCAGACGUUUGCGGCCGACGUCUGGUACAGGACGGUCAAGCCGAUGACCAAAGAAGGGAUCGUGGACCUCCAGGUCGUCCACCGGGUCGACGGCCAGCUCGGUGGUAUUCCGUUCGUGCUCUCACUGGGGUCGGACCGCACCACGGCCGAGCUGCACGCGGCGAUCAACAAGGAACUGCGUCGCCUGGUGGCAACGACGGCCGCCUACACCAUAGCGGCGAUGGCCAUGAGCAACCCGGGCAAGACCGUUGAUGUACCGUGCGACACGACGCCGUUCUUGCGGUACGUCACGCCGCCCGAGGUCGUCGUCCUUGAAUGGACGGCAUCGCCCAUGUUUGUGGACGACUUUGCGUCGGCGCUGCGCCCAGUGACGCGCGACGUGCCCGAGCUGACGCUGCGUCGGUGCCUCGAGUCGUUCAUGGCCACCGAGCGCAUGGGCGUCGACUGGGCGUGUGAGCAGUGCCAGAGCACGUCCGGCGGGACUCGCUACACGGACCUGUCGCGGUCGCCCGACAUUCUCAUGCUGCACCUCAAGCGCUUUCACUACUCGAGCGUCCAGCACCAUAAAGUCAACGAGCUCGUGACGUUUCCGCUGGAAGGACUCGACUUGACGCCGUAUUUGCACAAAGUCCCAUCCGACGUCAACAGCGGUCUCUAUGACCUGUUUGCGGUCGCCAACCACACGGGCGGGCUCAGCGAAGGCCACUACACGACAUACUGCCGCUUUGACCUCCCGCGUCACGACGUGUCGCUCGAGAGCGCGCUGCCAACGUCGCACGUCUGGCUCUGCUUUGACGACGAAGUGGUGUGUGAGAUCCCGGCGUCCAAAGUCGUCUCCAACGCUGCGUACGUGCUCUUCUACAAGCGCCGACUACCGUCAAGCACGAGUCAACUCUACGCACUCUGACAUAGUGAUUGUACUUUUAUUCUUGAUCAACAUUGACUGUACACUAGCAUGCA